GCUUCCUUACUUUACCUUCCUUGCCGAGAAACAUGCACCUAGGGGAAGGUCGGCACUAGGCUGGUGUAUUACGUCGCGUCAUUUCGGAGAUUCUAAUAACUAACGAAAAUGUUUUCACAGUUCCGACUAGCACAUUCUGUGUGUCAUAGUUUGAGAAGUGGCCUGUCACAGAAAUUAACAGGUGGCAUUGCAGGUGUCAGAUGUUUAGGUUCAUCCUCGGUCCAACAUGCAGCAAAAUCAAACCCAGCAAGCAAUGAUACAGAUUCUUGGCCACUAUACCUUGAUGCUCAAUCCACCACCCCUCUAGAUCCAAGGGUUUUAGAUGCUAUGCUCCCUUACUUUACUCAUCAAUAUGGAAACCCACAUUCUCGCACACAUGCUUAUGGUUGGGAAAGUGAAAAGGCCAUGGAGAAAGCUAGACAGCAAGUUGCAGACCUCAUUGGAGCGGACAAGAAGGAGAUUAUCUUCACAUCAGGUGCAACAGAAAGUAACAACAUCAGUGUGAAAGGAGUAGCUAGGUUUUACAAGUCCAAGAAACGGCAUGUAAUUACUACUCAAACGGAACACAAGUGUGUACUCGACUCAUGUCGUGCUUUAGAGAAUGAGGGUUGGGAUGUGACUUAUCUACCUGUACAAAAGUCUGGCAUCAUCAAGAUGGCAGAUUUAGAGGCAUCCUUACGUCCAGACACAGCACUGGUGUCUGUCAUGAUGGUCCAUAAUGAGAUUGGAGUUAUCCAACCUAUCAGGGAAAUUGGGGCAAUGUGUCGUGAACAUAAGGUCUUCUUCCAUACUGAUGCUGCACAAGCUGUUGGUAAAAUCCCCAUCAAUGUUCAUGACUUGAAUAUCGACCUCAUGUCAGUCAGUGGCCACAAGAUUUAUGGACCAAAGGGUAUUGGGUGUCUCUAUGUACGUCGCCGGCCAAGAGUACGUGUAGAAGCCCUGAUGAGUGGUGGAGGACAAGAAAGAGGAAUGAGGUCAGGAACUGUACCUACUCCCUUGGUUGUGGGUUUUGGCGUUGCUUGUGAAAUUGCAAAGCGGGAAAUGACAUAUGAUCAUGCUCACAUUACCAAGUUAUCAAACAAGUUGAUUGAAUCCAUCACAUCAAGAGUAUCACAUAUUACAAGAAAUGGUGACCCUGAACACUCGUAUCCUGGUUGUGUGAACCUCUCUUUUGCAUUUGUUGAAGGUGAAAGUUUACUGAUGGCUUUGAAAGAUGUGGCUCUGUCAUCUGGUUCAGCUUGCACCAGUGCCUCUCUUGAACCUUCCUACGUACUGCGUGCCAUUGGUGCUGAGGAAGACUUGGCACAUUCCUCUAUUCGCUUUGGUAUUGGCAGAUUUACUACAGAGCAAGAAGUAGAAUACACUGCUAAUAAAUGUGUUGAUCAUAUUGAGCGACUGAGAGAGAUGAGUCCUUUGUGGGAAAUGGUGCAAGAAGGAAUAGAUCUGAAGAGUAUCCAGUGGUCACAACAUUAACAUCAGUCAAAAGAAAGACAAACCUACCUGAAAAAGAUCUCUCCAGGUCAUCUUAAAAAUUUUACACUGAAAUUAUUAUUAUUUUUUCCAAUUUAUAUACUUCAUGGCAUAAUACAUAAUCUGAGCACAGUUGUCUAUAUACAGUAGUGUACAUGCAUUUGAAAAAAAAGGUUAUUGUUUUGGGUAUUAACUGAUGUUUGCAAUGUUGUUUAUAAAUAGUAGCUUCUAAUAUAGUGCAGCAUAUA